UGCUAAAAGUAGCAGUAGCAGCAGCAACUGUCAUUCGUUCUAAUCUGUUAGACCGUUUAACGUUUUGUCGUUUGUGCAUCCCUGGUGAUUUUGCCGAUUUUAACCAAAAUUUUGACAAAAUUAAUCAAUUGGGGGUUUAAUAGUUGCUAAUAUAAUUUUAAAAUAUUACUUUGAGUGCCAGUGCCUUGAUUUAGACUUGUGUUAACCUUGGUGCUGACAUUCCUGUGGCAGCCAAAAAUUCCGCCGGCACUGCCUCCUUUAGCAGGCCGCCAUAAAAAAGUACAAAUCAAGCAGCGUUUUUGGCCAUGUCCAAAAGCUCCUCUGGACGUGAGCGGGAGCGUGAACGAGAACGCGACAGGGACAGGGACAGGGAAAGAGCGCGCGAUAAGCACUAUGAGAGUCGAGGUGGGCGCACGGAUUACGACAACGGCAAGUCCUCGCGCAACGGCGCAGGUUUGAGCAGCAGUGCUCGUAGUGGAGGGUUGCGUGAGGAGCGCAAACGUACCAAGGAUAAGGAUGGAGAGCGUGGGGCUGCCAUACGAAGGGAUGAAAAGCGGCGCAAGCGCUCUAGGUCCAAGGACUACGAUAAAGACAAGCGUCAAAUGGAUAGGGAACGUGACAAGGAAAAGGAGAGGGAGCGGGAACGCGAGCGCGAAAGGGACAGGGAACGAGAGAGGCAGCGGGAGCGCGAGAAAGAACGUGAGCGGGAACGUGAUAAGGAUCGGGAACGUGAACGAGAACGUCAACGUGAACCGGAUACACGACGCCCCAUUGCUGAGUCAAUACUUGUCAUACCCGUGGCCUCAUCCAGCAGCUCAAGCGACGAAAUAGAGGAAGAAGAAAUCGACAAAGAGGAGCAGCAGCGUCGUCUUGAGCAAGAGAUGAUCAAACGGCGCGAACGCAUUGAGCGUUGGCGUGCUGAGCGAAAGCAGCGCGAUCAGGAAGAUGGCAAAAAGGAUGCCAAGGUGGUAGUAGUGCCCACCGCUGUCAAAUCUGCCAAGAAAUGGAGUCUUGAAGACGAAUCAUCUGAGGAUGAGAGCAGCAAUCCAGCGCCUGUCAUUGACCUUGAUGCGGAAAAGAAAGAGCCCGAUUCACCACCGUCGAAAUUUCACAGCAUACGCAAACGCUUUGAUGACGAUGUGGUGGAGUCAAAGUUUUCACCGCUUAAGCGCCCCACUUUUAGUAAAGUGCUGGGCAUGUCGCUGGGAGCACCGCCUACAGAUUCAGCAGCAGCACUACCACCACCACCACCACCAGCAAAAUCACCUUCAGAACCAGCAGCACCAGCACCGACAACAGCAACAUCCACGUCCACAUUCACUAGCGGUAAACCUUCAUCGGAAGCUAUGCAGGUGGCGGAAAUUAAAAAAGAGCCGCAGGAAAAGUCAACAGACACUGAGGCUGCGAAGCCGCCAGAUGCGAUGGAAGUAGCGGAGGAUAAUAAAAAACCAAAAGUAGAGGAGACUAAGGCCGAAUCAGAUGACGAUGUAGAUCCACUAGAUGCCUACAUGCUGGAGGUUAACAAUGAGAUGCGACGCGUCAAUAAUUUUGUGGGCCCAGGACCGUCGCAGGGUGUCAUGGUACUAGAGGGCGUGGCCAAAAAGAAGGCGGUCACUGUCAAGAAGGGCGAACUCAUAGAACAAAAUAUGGACAGUCUGGAGUAUUCAAGCGAGGAUGAGCUGGAGGAUAUACGCGACACAGCCAACAGUCUAGCCAUGAAGCAUCGUAAGGAGCUGGCUAAAAUAGAUCAUUCCUCUGUGAGCUAUGCGCCCUUUCGUAAAAAUUUCUACGUGGAGGUGCCGGAGCUAGCGCGUAUGACACCCGCCGACGUGGAGAAAUAUCGCACCGAGCUUGAGGGAAUACAGGUGAAGGGCAAGGGCUGUCCCAAACCCAUUAAGACGUGGGCACAAUGUGGCGUCAGCAAGAAGGAAAUGGAAGUGCUGCGCAGGAUGGGCUUCGAGAAGCCAACGCCCAUACAGUGUCAAGCCAUACCGACGAUAAUGUCUGGGCGCGAUCUAAUAGGUAUUGCUAAAACUGGCAGUGGCAAGACGUUGGCAUUUAUUUUACCAAUGUUUAGGCAUAUAUUGGACCAGCCGGUUUUGGAGGAUGGUGACGGUGCACUUGCCAUUAUAAUGGCGCCCACGCGUGAACUCUGCAUGCAGAUUGGCAAGGAUAUACGGAAGUUUAGUCGUCCGCUCGGACUGCGACCGGUGUGCGUCUAUGGCGGCACAGGCAUCUCGGAGCAGAUUGCUGAGCUGAAGCGUGGCUCGGAGAUAAUUGUUUGUACGCCCGGACGCAUGAUUGAUAUGCUGGCGGCCAACUCUGGGCGCGUGACCAACCUGCGUCGAGUCACGUACAUUGUCCUGGAUGAGGCGGAUCGCAUGUUUGACAUGGGCUUUGAGCCGCAAGUGAUGCGCAUUAUCGACAAUGUACGUCCCGAUCGACAAACGGUUAUGUUUAGCGCAACGUUUCCACGCCAAAUGGAGGCGCUCGCGCGUCGUAUACUGAAGCGUCCCGUCGAGGUCAUUGUGGGUGGCCGUUCGGUAGUCUGCAAAGAUGUGGAGCAGCAUGUGGUUCUACUUAAUGAUGAUGCCAAGUUCUUUAAGCUCUUGGAGCUGCUAGGCGUCUACCAGGAGACGGGAAGCAUCAUUGUCUUUACCGACAAGCAGGAGAAUGCUGACACAUUGUUGCGUGAUCUCAUGAAGGCCUCCUAUCCCUGCAUGAGCCUCCACGGCGGCAUCGAUCAGUUCGAUCGCGACUCGACCAUCAUUGAUUUCAAGUCCGGCAAGGUGCGUCUGCUAAUUGCCACCUCGGUGGCGGCGCGUGGUCUGGACGUCAAGGAUCUCAUUCUAGUGGUCAACUACGAUGUGCCCAAUCAUUACGAGGACUAUGUCCAUAGAUGUGGACGCACUGGGCGCGCCGGCAAGAAGGGCUCAGCAUAUACUUUUAUAACACCGGAGCAGGCGCGCUACUCAGGCGACAUUGUACGUGCCUUGGAGCUUUCUGGCACGCCGGUUCCACCAGAUCUGACAAGGUUGUGGACUGAGUAUAAAGCGGCGCAGGAAGCCGAAGGGAAGAAAGUGCACACUGGCGGUGGCUUCAGCGGCAAGGGUUUCAAAUUCGAUGAGCAGGAGUUCAAUGCGGUCAAGGAGAGCAAGAAAUUGCAAAAGGCUGCACUGGGUCUCGCCGAUUCCGAUGAUGAGGAGGACAUUGAGCAGGACAUUGAUAUGCAGAUCGAGCAAAUCUUUGCCGCCAAGCGCACAGUCAAGGAUACGUCUGUGGCAGCCACAGCGCUUGCCGCUGCCAAUGCGGCAGUCAGUGCAGCAGUCAGCGCCCAAGCAAAUGCCGCAACAGCAACGCCACAUGCCUUGGCACAGGCGCAGCAACAACAGCAGCAGCUGCAGGCACAACAACCGGUAGCGGGCGCAGCUGUGGGCUCGGACAAACUGGAGUUGGCCAAGCGGCUGGCCUCCAAGAUCAGCAGCAGCCGCAAUCUGGACACAAAGUCCACACAGGUGGCCAACGAUUCCCUUAUGAAGGGGCAACCUGGCGCAGCGCAGCCGGCUCCUAUGCUAACGGCGCGUACAGUGGUCGAACAGCUGGCGGCGAAGCUGAACAACAAGCUCAACUAUCAGCCCAAGGAUGAUGAGGAUGGCUUUGGCAGCUCGUUGGGCAGCAACAGCAACUCGUUUACCAAAUACGAGGAGGAGCUGGAGAUUAAUGAUUUCCCGCAACAGGCGCGCUGGAAGGUAACGUCCAAGGAGGCUCUCGCACAGAUCUCCGAGUACUCAGAGGCGGGCCUAACCGUGCGCGGCACAUAUGUGCCCCAGGGCAAAAGUCCGCCCGAGGGCGAGCGUAAACUUUAUCUGGCCAUUGAGAGUUGCAGCGAGUUGGCCGUGCAGAAGGCCAAGCGUGAGAUUACGCGUCUCAUCAAGGAGGAGUUGCUUAAGCUUAGCUCGGCACACCAUGUUUUCAACAAGGGACGCUACAAGGUUGUCUGAAAUUAACACUUCGCUAAGACUACAGGCAAUCAAGCCUCAGGACCCUUUUAAAUGAGCAUAUUUACAUUUAAAAAACUCGGACAUGUCUGGAGCACACACACACACGCACUGAUACUAUUAAUCUGCAAUGUUGCUAGAAAUUCAUCAAUGUGUCAAUGUCACUUACACUCUUUGAUAAACUACAAACAUUUAAAGUCUCUUUUAUAUAUAUACAUGUAUAUUCGUCUAUGCUGCGGAAUAGCUUCUUGAGCAAUACAUACAUAUUCAUAAUAUAUAUAUGCAUAUAUAGUAGCUAGUAAGCCAGACCAUACUGAACGUUUUAUAUUUACAUAUGUAUAUAACUACAUACAUAUAUAUCGUACACCCACAUACAGGCACAUACACCUAUAGUAAUCAAAUGAAUAGUUAAUCAAAUUCAUAUUGUAACUUAUUUGAAAUUGUCAAUUUCGCGUAAUUUAAACCUAUCAAACAUAUUAUUGGAUUUGUAUUGUACUGCAUCUGUAGACUGAAAUAAAUAAUUAAUUGUCAAUAAACUACACCAAAAUAAUAAAACUCGAAGUAAAAACUAUAAAAAAUAACAAUGCUUGUUUUGAAAAAGUUAAAUGCGAAUUGGGCACAGCUG